CCUCACUAUGGCAGCAGCAGCAGCGCGGCACAGCACCCUCGACUUCCUGCUUGGCGCCACAGCUGAUUGCAAUGCCGUUCUUAAAGCUCUACAGCCCAUUUUUCAGGAGCAGGGAAUGACAGAAACAGUUCAUAACUGGGAAGAUCAUGGUUAUUUAGCAACCUACAUUAAAAAAAAUGGCAGCUUUGCCAAUUUGAGGAUUCACCCUCAUGGCUUGGUGUUGGUGGAUCUGCAGAGCUACAAUGAUCACAUGAAAGGACGAGAGGAAGCUGAUAAGCUUCUAAACAAAGUAGAAGAAAGAAUGAAAGAAUUGUUCCAUGGUGAUAUAAAAAGGGUGAAAAGGCUGCCAGCCAUUCUGAGAGGAGGUGUCAUUGACAGAUACUGGCCCACAGCCGACGGACGCCUCGUGGAGUACGACAUAGACGAAGUUGUUUAUGAUGAAGAUUCACCUUUCCAGAACAUUAAAAUCCUGCAUUCAAAACAGUUUGGGAAUAUUCUUAUCCUCAGUGGGGAUGUUAAUCUGGCAGAGAGUGACCUGGCAUACACUCAAGCCAUAAUGGGCAGUGGGAAGGAAGACUACUCUGGGAAAGAAGUGCUCAUCCUAGGAGGUGGUGAUGGAGGUAUACUGUAUGAGAUAGUCAAGCUGAAGCCAAAGAUGGUUACUAUGGUAGAGAUCGACCAAAUGGUGAUCGACGGGUGUAAAAAAUACAUGAGGAAAACCUGUGGAGAUGUCUUGGACAAUCUGAAAGGAGAAUGCUAUCAGGUUCUGAUUGAAGACUGUAUUCCUGUACUGAAGAGGUAUGCCAAAGAAGGAAGGAUGUUUGAUUAUGUCAUCAAUGACCUGACAGCUGUUCCAAUCUCCACAUCUCCAGAAGAAGAUUCUACCUGGGAAUUUCUGCGCUUGAUUCUCGACCUCUCCAUGAAAGUCCUGAAGCAAGAUGGAAAAUACUUCACACAGGGAAACUGUAUCAAUCUGACUGAUGCCUUGACUCUGUAUGAAGAACAGCUCAGCAGGCUUUAUUGUCCUGUGGAGUUUUCAAAAGAAACUGUUUGUGUUCCCUCCUACAUGGAAUUAUGGGUAUUCUAUACUAUUUGGAAGAAACAAACCAACAUCUGACCAGGAAGAUUAUUUGAUUAACUUCUCCUAAAUGUACAUGCUGCAUGGAGCAUAUAUAGGCCUGCCACCUGCUGCAUAUUUGCCAUCUUGAACCUUUUAAAUUAUAUUGCUGUAGAUGAUCCUGAAACUUAGUCCUGCUAUUGAUUGUGAAUUCUUUA